AUGUGUGAAGAGUAUACUGCAAGACCCAAUGCGGCUACUACGUCUGUUGCCUAUCGGUCUGCAGCAUACUCACCCUUUCCCUCUGGAGGUGUCAUUCCUACGUCGGAUGCCGGACUGUAUGACCUCUACUACCCGGAUACCUUUCCCUCGGCCACUGCUACGAUCACCUUUGGGCCAAACAGCACAAUAGUUCAAACUUCCGCAACACCGUUUGUCUAUUUUACAGCUUAUGAGGUCGAAUCAGGUAACAGAACAGUCACGGUACAACUACCUUCUGCACUGGUCUAUCCUUAUUGGUUGAAAGGAAUAGAAGAGGAACCUUCGGUAACAGGCCCAAUACCAGAUGGCUUUCUCGAGCAGAUUUCGCAGUCUGCUUGUGAUGCUGGACAGCUCCAGGCUGUCGUAACUGUCCUUGUCAUUGUCGACCUGUACUACCAAAACUGGCCCGGUAUGGCCCCAGCUCUCAUCCACGCCGAGUCUUCUGUUCUUGGAUUCGACGAUCUGCCUAUUGUUGUAAACAACUGGGGUACUGGCACCUCGAAGCCCCCUCUUACAGUAGCCGACUGGAAUCUCCCGGGCAUUGACAGCGAACCGACGCCUACCACCUUCAAGCCAAACAAUCGACCUGACUCGGUUCCUAAAACCCAGGUACGUGGCGAUAAUAACAACAAUGCUGUGAACCCUCCUGAGUUCACUCGGGUUACCGUUGGUUCUGUGGGCACAAAAGCUGUCGUGGUUGGUCCGUCUUCGGAGGUUAUGGUGGGCUCGCAAACUUUGCGAGCUGGAGGGCCUCCUGUCACUAUAGGAGAUGGGACUAUUGUUUCGCUUGCUCCAUCGGCUACAGCUAUCGUCGUGGGUAGCAGGACGUCUAUGCUACCACAGGUUGCUCAGUCACGCCCUCCACCAGUGCUGACAAUUGGCUCGACGACACUUACACCCAAUGCUGCUACUCAGUUCUUUGUCGGCCCAGGGCAAACACUCUCUCCUGGAGGCGUUGCCACUAUUGAUGGCACCGUUGUCAGUCUAGCCCCCUCAGCUUCCAUCGUAGUUAUAGGAGACUCCACCCAGGCUCUGCCAGGAUCAUUGCCAGCUCCAGGCAGCCCGCCGCAAUUUAUGCUUGGCAGCUCGACAGUAACGGCGCAAGCAACUCAGGACGGGUCGGAUAGUCUCAAUCAUCAGAACCAUCAUAGGCCUAACCCGACAUUCGUCGUGUCAGGGCAAACGCUCGCCCCUGGUGCCCCCGCCAUUACCGUUUCGGGCACUACGCUGUCGCUAGCAUCUUCAGGAAGUGUUCUGGUGGUUAACGGGGCGUCCUCGACGAUACAGUCUCCAGCCAUUCCCAACAUAACACCGCCCGCCCUCACUGUUGGGAACAAUGUGUUCCCUGCUCUUGAUAAUCCACGAGACACAUUCGUUAUCGCUGGUCAGACUCUGGUGCCUGGUGGUUCGGCAAUUACUGUAUUUGGUACUACGCUUUCAUUGGCAUCUUCAGCAUCUUUUCUUGUGGUGGAUGGUGCUACCUCCGUCAUUCCGAAUCCGAUUGCACCGACUAUCAAUCUUGGCAACGAUGUUUUCGUGCCCCUUCCGCCCACGUCUGGGCCGUCGUUUGUUGUUGGUGAUCAAUCCCUCAUUCCAGGUGGCCCAGCUAUCACCGUCUCGGGAACUACGUUGUCGCUUGCGCCUUCUGCCUCGUUUGUCGUCAUUGAUGGAGUUACUUCCUCAUUCGCUACUCCUGGUCCGCAGGUCGGCAGCUCUCCUUCGAUCACUUUUGGAAAUGAUGUCAUUAGUGCUCUUCCAGAACCAUUGGGGCCUACGUUUGUGGUAGAUGGUCAGACACUCAUUCCUGGUGGUCCACAAAUUACUGUCUCUGGCACCACAUUGUCGCUUGCACCGUCAGCAUCCCUAGUCGUGGUCAACGGCGUUACGUCCACCUUGACUACCCCAGCUCCUCCACUUAUCACGGCGCCUCCCUUGACUAUCGGACAUGCGACGUUCAAACCGCUUCCAGGGACGGGUACAGCAUAUCUCGUCGGAUCGAUGUUGCUCACGGCAGGUGGCUCUAUCGUUGUUUCGGGUACUACGGUUUCCCUUGCGCCCGGAGCUACAGCUCUGGUCGUCAACGGGAAGACCAGCUCCAUCUCACCUCAAGCCCAACCCAUCAUCACCAACCCGCCGUUACUCACCAUCGGUGUGCAGACGUACACCGCAGAAUCUGGGAGUGGAACGACAUUCGUUAUCGGAGGGCAGACAUUGACGCCAGGUGGCACGAUUACCGUCGAUGGAACUACGAUUAGUCUCGCGUCAGGAGCGACAGAGUUGAUUUACGGAAGCUCAGGCCGCACCACAAAAAGCGCCCUGUUCCCUGCUACAACCACUCGGCUUCAAAGCGUCACAAGUAGUGCAGACGCAAGUGCAGGGGCUAGUAGGCCCGACGGACAGGCGACAACGACAAGUCGAAAAGAGGGUACAGCUUCGCACUCGACCUACCGGAGGUUGAUGCUGUUUGCAUCUGUUAUAAUUUCCUGUUUAUGCUUUGCUUGA